UCUUCGUUUUCCCACUUCUUUUUUUCAUUCUCUUACUUUUUCGUAAAAACCCUAAAACCAGCCCAGAUAUCAAUAACCUGAAAUCAAACAAAAAAUCAAAAUCCUAAAAUCCUAAUUGAUUCUCCUAAUUUUCAUCUCUUCGUACGAUAGUUGAACCAACUGGAAUGGGGUGAACCAACUGGAAGAUCAUCCAUUAUAUUUGAUUAAAGUUCAUCAGCUUGGACAUCAUUCACUCAUUCAAGCAUAAGUUGACUUGUACAUUGACCUUUGGUUCUGCUUCUUAAUUCAAAAUUUGAAACCAGAUGACUAACAGAAGUGGAGGCGAGAGAGGAAAUGCAAAUCCAAAAAAAGGAAAAUCUAAGUGCUUAGCACCAGGAAAGCUUAUUGGUCAUCGGAAUAGCAUGUUUCACAAGAAAUCUGCAUUUGUUCAGUCAUCACCGACUACUACAGCACUGACUCCACCAACAGCUCAAAAUCCAUCGAUGGCUCCGACUCCAUUGUCCGCUCCGAAUCCCUCGUCCGCUCCAACUCCAUUGCUAGUGCGGGCUGCACCAGUGCCGCAGACUGUAACAAUUCCACGGGCUGCACCGGUGCCGCGGACUGCACCAAUUUCGCGGGCUGCACCGGUGCCGCGGACUGCACCAGUUUCGCGGGCUGCACCAGUGCCGCGGACUGCACCGGUGCCGCGGACUGCACCGAUUCCACAGGCUGCACCGCUGGCACAGGCUACAUCAUUAUCUGCACCUACUCAUUCCUCUAGCUCUGAGGUAUUUAGGUUUAUGCCUACUCCUGGUUUAAACAUUCAAAAUAUGGAUGGCCCUUCAACUCAUGCCUCGCGUGAGAUUCCGAUGGAGGAAAAUGAAGAGGAAAUUGAGGAGGAGGACGAGGACGAGGAUGAGGAUGAGGUGGUCAUGGGUGAAGAAAAUGUCCCCCCUCAUUUGAUAACAAGAGAUGAUAAUGGGAAGGUUAUUAUACAACUUCGUGGUACCGGGCUUGUUCCAGGCAAAGAAGUAGCUAAUGCCAUUACUUAUGCGAUACACAAACAGUUUUAUAAGGGUUUCUAUAAUUGGACUGUAGUUGACGAUGAUGUUAGAGAAAAAUGGUUUGCUCUUUUUGCGGACAAGGUUUCAUGGGAUCCUCGAUAUCAUAUGUUAGUCAAGAAAGCCUUUUAUUCAAAGGCAGCCGUUCGACUAAGUGACAUAAUGAAGAAGUUAAGGUCGAAAGGGAUCUGUCCUCCAUGGAUUGGUGGGGAUGCUUGGAAUGAGCUUCAAACUUAUUGGAAGGGUGACGUGUUCCUGAAAGUUUCCUCCCAAAACAAGGUCAAUCGAAAUUCAGCAAGAGGAGGAGCAGUCCACACCUCAGGCCGUAAGGCUCAUGUUGAUGUAGCGCUUGAGCUUACCCACAAGCUUCAAAGGGAUGUGCGCCCUGAUGAGUUGUUUUUGAAGACCCAUAAGAGGAAAAAUGGCGAAUGGGUUGAUCAUCGUGCUGAGUCUACAUACACCACAUUUAAAGAAAAGGCUGGAGAUGAUGUCGAGAGGUUAGAUGGAGGGACCGUUUUUAAGUUAUGGACAGAUUCUGCUGGGGGUCGUAGUCGUGGCCGGGUCUAUGGUACGGGAGAUUUAGCUAUCAAUCUGAAGCAUGGAUCCACAUCCUUUAUCCAACAACCUCAAAAUUCCUAUGGAUCUAUGUUUGGGACAUCCUUUGAAUUAGAGAGAGCAGCUAGAAUUAGAGCUGAACAAUUGGCCGCGGCUACAACAGCUCAACUCCAAGAGGCUACCGAAGCUAUUCGAGCGUCAAAUGAGAUUGCUCGGAAGGCAACAGAACAAUAUCAAGCGUCUAAUGAGUUUGUUAAGAAGAUGGAGUCUGAAAUGAAUGCUUUGAAGGCAUUUAUAAUGCAAAAUCUUGCUACUUCAAAUGGUCAAUCUGCCAGUGCUGUCAUUCGACCAUCAAAUCCUCACUAUGAUGAUGAUUUAGAUGACCAAUCAUUAAGUGAACAUUGAUCAUGUCGUCUUAGUAAAAGUAGUCUCGGAUGUAUAUUUUUUUGGACAUGAUCUUCAAUGUAUUCCGAGUUUUUGGGCCUGUUUUUUGUUGUAGCUAUGACUACUUUUUUGUUGUUGUUUCAACCUAUGUAAUAUUUGGAUAAUUGUUACUUCAAA